CCGCGUCUUCCUUAAUCGCAGAGUCUCUUUUGUUUCCUUCAAAAAAGUUUCCACCCAUCCAAACAGAUUAAGAUGAAAGAAAUGGACCCAGAUAUCACCCUCUGGAUUCUUGAGUUCCUCGCUCGACAACCAGUCUCAAAACUCCUCCUCAACAAGCUCAUUACCAACACCCAUGUCCCCAUGUCAUCAGCAAUCAACAAUCCACGCUUCAAGAAAACUCUUACACUCCGUUCAAUCCAAGACGAGAUUGCCAACGGCACCUCCGAAACAAUUCUCGAAUCACUCGAAAUAAUCGAAGAAUUGGAUAAAAUUCUGAAAAUCAAAACCCUAGACUCCAUGAAAAAGGCCUACUGUGCAGUGGCAUUGGACUGUACUAUGAAUCACUUGUUGAAUGGUGGCGGAAGCCCGCAGAAGCGCGACGGAGGAGAGUUUUUCGAGGCUGUGAAGAAGAUUUGGAGGGAGAGAAUUGAGAAAUUGGAGACUUUGAAGAAGAGUGAGUUAGUUACUGAUGAGUUGAGGGAGGUAAAGGAAGAGAUGGAAGCGGCUUUGCACGAUUCUAAUGCGUAUAAGAGGUUGUUCGAGAGAGAUACGAGACAUGAGGCGGUGAGGCUUUUAAAGGAGUUUUUGAGAGAGGCAAUGGAUUUAAUGGGACCUUCUUUCCUUGAAGCGGUUGCCAGAGCUGAUAUGGAAAUGGUAGAGAAGGAAAAGGAUAGUGAUAUUAAUGGUAGAUUUGGAGUGAAAGCUGGCAAUGAAGUAAAUGUGGGUGUAGAAUCAGGCAUUCCAGAUAAGCCUGAAAGGACAGAUAGAGAUAAAGAACAUCAGAAGAAUGAUCUGCAUGAUGCUUGCAACUGUCCUGAAGGAUCAAGUCGGAUUAUGGAUUCUAAAGAAGCAGACAUGACCAUUCCUUCGAGUAAAUACAAUCCUAUCCCUACUCCUGAAAUUAAUAAAGUGAAAGAAGCACUUAAAUCCAGCUCCAUGGAGUUAAAAACAUUGGUAGAGGACCCUCUUCCUGAUGCUUUACAUCACUCUGAGGCUCUAAUGGCUGAAAUGGGAAAAAAACCCUUGAAUGACAAUAUUUCAGUUGAAAAGCAGAAUGCAGAGGAUGUAAAUGUGCCUAAUCCAUCCACUAAUGCGGUAGUCUCUGGAAUGGCAAGGGAAACCUUGAAUCCUGUUCCUUUAGUAGGACCUAAUGCAUCAGUUGCUCAAACUAUUGAAUCCAUUCAAACUAUGAAGAAUAAUUAUGGAAAUCUAAUUCCCAGCCAUCAGAGUCUUGUUCCAAAACACAGCUUAAUGGAGCGGAAUAACACUGCUUGCACAUAUGAGUGGAAUGAUUCAAUUGAUGGCUCACCUGAAGAGAGAGCCAAUCUUCACUUAGAUAGCCCUAGGAGAAAGAUCGAGUCUCCGUUGAGGAAAUAUGAAGUCCCAAAGUUUGUUAGGAGGAGAAAAAUUAAGAGGUGGAGUGUGGAAGAAGAAGAUGCAUUGAGGGAGGGCGUGCAGAGAUUUGGUGCUGGGAGCUGGAAGGCCAUUUUAAACUCUAGGAGCGACAUAUUUGAUGACAGGACUGAGGUUGAUUUGAAGGACAAGUGGAGAAACAUGACGAAAUAGCAACUCUUGAGAAAGAUUUUUGUUUUCAGAUCAAGGUAUGUAACCCUAUGUAAUGAGAUGAGAGCACUAAUUACAGUUUGCAAUCUUUUGUCUUUUUGCUUAAGGUAUAUAUGAUAAAUCCUACAUAACCUCGUUUUGUGGUGAAGUCAAGGUGUAUAUACGUUAUUACUUCUCGAAAUUGUUUAUUGGGGUGCUUGGAUGCAGCCUAUGUGCUUUCUAAAUGCUAGCUUUAGGACUCUUGGCAGGGAGCACUUUUGGUUUACAUAUAUGUAAUUGUUGUCUAAUUGUUUCCCCAUGACUGAAGACUGAAGUGUUCAUAUGUGCCUUGACUUGUUAACUGACUGAUGUACCGUGUAAAUUUUAGUAAAGGGGGAAAUUACUGCUUACUCUUGAGGUUUGA